AUGGCGGCUCCUCAAGAGGAAGGAGGGCCUGAUGGAUCCUCCAUUAAACCAGUCUCCUCUCUCCGUUCGCACUUCGAAAACAUUGGCAAGGUUGGUGAUCAGCCGCAGCUCCAGGCGCAGCCCCAACAACCGCAGCCAGCCCAACCUCAACCCUCGAGCCGGAAUGCCUCCCCAGGGCCUCGCCCCGACAAGCCCAGGGACACAAACGCGAUUUCCAAGGAGCCUCCUCCCAUACCCAAGCACAAGCCUGGCCUUGCACCUCCUCUCCCCAAGGAAAACGGCGUCCCGUGCUCUCCUGCGCGCAGCGCUUUCCCUGCCCCUCCGCUCACCCCACGACCUGUGCCAGCUCCCGCCCUCACCGUCGAACCGCCACAGUCCCCUCCCAAGGGCCGAUCUCUGAAUAUAGCUGUGAACGACCAGCCCAGCUUCCUGAACUCGGACGAUGUCGUGAAGCCGGCCACCUCGCCGGCCGUGCCGGGCAAAAACUUCAAGAUCCCAAGUCGCUCGCGCACACCGAACCUUGAUCCUCGGAAAUCGCCAAAAGUCGUGGCCUUCAAGCCUCCCUCACCGCCUCCCCCCCGACGGUCUGCCGAGCUUCGGCGACAGCGCGAGGCCGACCCUGCGCCUGCGCCUCCGCCAACCAACCGCUCUGGAAAGGCGCUCAUCAGGUCUAGGAACUCUUGGACGGCAGACAGUGCGAUGGAGUCGAGAAGAAACAUGCCCGACAAAGUGUCGCCCUUCAGCAGCCCGCCUACCAGUGGCUCUGCCAGCGUCGACGAAGGGUCGCCGCCGACACUGCCGCGAAGGCCACGCCCGCCGAGAGAGCCCGUUGCCACAGCCAAGACUCUGCAGGUUGGAUUCGACCCGCCGCCACUUCAUCCGUCGAUAGCAAGCAAGAGGAGGGAUCGAGAGCUGGAGCUGGAUGGAUCCGCAAGGGGCCAGCUUACUCAAGACGUCACAGGGGAGCCGCGGCCGACACUGCCUACGAGACCACAGAGUGUGACGAUAGAGAAGUCAGGGCCACCACCCGAGAAAAUACCACCUCCAAGACCUCCGAGACCAGGGGUUCCGGCUUCGAGUCUAGCAGUGAUUCCGGCAGCGAACCAGAAGCGAACCGUUUCGACACCUGUUGUGCAGCAACCAACACCAACAAUGACCGGUAGGGCAAAUACGGUGUCUCACAGAGGGGCCGAGAGGCCACCCGCUGAGUCCAGAAAGUCUGCGGCAGCCAUCGCUCCUCAUACCGAGCCGCGGAAUGCCGAUUCUGAAGCCGUCGUGCUUGCCAAGUCUGCAGAGUCAGCUGCAGUUGUCAACGGAGCAUACCCGGAUGCUUCAAAUACGAACAGGAAACCUCCCUACAUGAAACACGGGCAACAGGAAAUCGUAACCAAGUCGGAUGCGAGGAAUUUCGAUGCAUGUGGCGACCUCGUGUGCACCUCAGGGCAUCUUACUAGGGUGUGGAGCUUGAGGGACGGGGAACUCGUCAUGAGCUUUCAGCACGGUGAGGGAUUGAAGGCUACGGCUGUGAGCUUCAAACCUGGCUUGAAUGUUGAUGAGGAGGGGAAGCGACUGUGGAUCGGAAACAACAAUGGGGACCUGAUGGAGGCGGACAUAUUAACGCAAAGUCUUGUCUCAACCAAGACCGGUGCCCACCAGAGGAAUGAAGUUGUCAAGAUAUAUCGGCACUUCAACGAGCUGUGGACCCUGGACGAGGCUGGGACCCUUCACGUUUGGGGACCUGGGCCCGACGGAACGCCUGACCUGUCGGGUCACCCACAUCAGUCGUUCCGAGUGCCCAAGGGCCAUACAUUUUCCAUGGUCGUCGGUGAUGAGCUCUGGCAUGCCACGGGCAGGGAGAUACGCGUAUUCCUCCCGACACUCGAUGGCAAGGCCCAGUUCCAGGUGCUCCUUCGCUCAUUAUUCCAAGACGCCGCCGGCGAUGUCACUGCAGGCGCCAUGCUCCCCUCGGAUCCCAACAAGGUUUUCUUCGGUCACAGCGACGGGAAAGUCACUGUGUACUCGAAGAAAGACUACUCGUGUUUGGAAGUCCUCAACAUCAGCACGUUCAAGAUCAAUUCCCUGUCAGGGACCUGCGGCAACAUUUGGGCAGGCUACAGCAACGGCAGGGUGUCUGUCUAUGACGUCCACCAGAGCCCAUGGGUUGUUAAGAAAGAGUGGCAAGCUCAUAACGAACCAGUGCUCAAGAUCAUCGCCGAUCGUUCGAGCUCGUACAGGCUAGAGAGGCAUCAGGUUCUUUCCUUGGGUGCAGACAAUAUGAUCAGGGUAUGGGACGGCAUGCUGCAAGAUGACUGGCUUGAAGCGGAAAUGAAGGCCAAAGACGUGCAAUACUGCGAGUUCCAAACGCUCAAGGCCAUGAUAAUGACAUGGAAUGCCGGAGCUUCUACACCCAACAGCCUGCGCUAUUCCGAGUCGGAUUCCGUCUUCAUACAGAAUUUGCUACAGGGCAGCGGUUCCCCGGACAUUUUGAUAUUCGCCUUCCAAGAGCUCGUUGAUUUGGAGGACAAGACCGCCACUGCUAAGCGGUUCUUCAAAUCCAAGAAGAAAGAAUCGGACCAGGAGCGCAUGAGCCAUCAAUAUCGAGAUUGGAGGGAUUUCCUCAUCAGAAGCCUAGAUGACUACAUGCCUGGGGAUCUGUACCACCUCUUACAAACUUCACACAUGGUCGGUCUCUUCUAUUGCAUCUUCGUCAAGGCCGACGUUCGGGAUCGGAUUUCGAAUCUCAGCACAGCUGAGGUCAAACGAGGCAUGGGCGGUUUGCACGGGAACAAAGGUGCUAUCAUAAUCCGCUUCAUGGUUGACGACACUUCUCUCUGCUUCUUCAACUGCCAUUUGGCAGCAGGGCAGUCGCAAGCUCAAAGUCGCAACAACGACAUUGCUGCGAUACUUGAGGCCCCCAUUCUACCUUCGGAGCGCGACCCAAGUGUCCGCAUCGAUAGCUAUGCCGGGGGCGGUGACGGCACCAUGAUCCUGGAUCACGAGCUUGUCAUCCUCAACGGCGAUCUGAAUUACCGGAUCGACACCAUGAGCCGCGAUACGGUGGUCAUGGCGGUGAAGCAGGGCAACCUCCCCAAGCUCCUCGAACGAGACCAACUCCUAGUGGCGCGUCGAAGAAAACCGGAUUUCAAGCUCCGAGCCUUCGAGGAGAUGCCCAUCACGUUCGCGCCGACGUACAAGUACGACGUGGGCACAGACAACUACGACUCGAGCGAGAAGAAGCGCAGCCCUGCAUGGUGCGACCGUCUGCUGUUCCGUGGCAGAGGAAGGAUACAGCAAAUCGACUACAGGAGGCACGAGGUCCGGGUGUCGGACCACAGGCCUGUCACAGGAAGAUUCAAACUGACAGUCAAGAAGAUAUCGCCCAAGAAGAGGACGAUGGCCUGGAUACAGUGUCAGCAGAGCUUCGAAGACACGUUCGCGGAGGAGCUCAUGGUCGAGAAGAUGUACUACCUGACUGAGGUCAUUGGAUACGACAAGGCAACAAGCCAGAGUCUGAUCAGUGAUCGAUAA